UCCGUUCUCGCCUCCCUCGCUCUAUCGAGGAGGAGGCCUCGGUUUUGUCCUCCUGACCUGGGUUCCCAUCCCACUCUCCCAGGUCCAGCCAUAUCUAACUUCCGCUUCUGUAGUUCUCUUUUCCCCUCAACCACCAUUUCAGGCAAUCUUACUUUCAUUUCUGCAGAACUCUCUUGCUUAGUGGAGCUUCUGGUUUUUCUGUCUAAUCAAUUUGCUCUCCUUCGGUCAUUUACUCAAGCAUGUCAGCGAAGUGGCGGGCUCUACAGCACCGCCAUCGCUACACCUACAGCGCCGUAGUUUUUCCUCAUUCAUAUGUCAAGUCCUUGAAUAAGUUGCUGUCCCAUGAUUCUUGUUCAAACUUUCGCGCCAAGUUGCAAGAAUUAAUCUUUCUGAAUUCCACUUUUGCUCAAGUCAAUCACGUCAAAGAAGUAGCUUCGGCUUUCGGGGAUUUGUUACUUCGUGGAGACGAAGCGGCAGUCUAUGACGCUGCUCGGUUGUACUUGCAACUUUUAUUUUUCGAAAAUUCUGUGCCAUUGCAUAGAACUCUGAUCUCUGUUUUGGCAAAGAGUCGGACCUUUCAUUCUCAGCUUGGUGAGUGCUUUCGGAAGCUCUGCGAUGAGCUCAGCGGUGGGCAGGGAAAGGGGAAACGUUUCUGCGUGUCCCGGGCGGCCUUGUCCGUUUUGGGUAUGCCUAAGUUGGGGUACCUGGUUGAAGUUGUGGAGGAUUGUGCAAUAUUAGUAGCUUGGGAUAUAAUUUUUAGUUUGAACAGUGUGAUUUCUGAGACAAGUGAAUGGGCUCGCCCGUCGCCAAUUGUCAUGGAACAAUGCCAAGAGGCUCUGUCUUGCAUGUAUUACUUGCUCCAACGUUUCCCAUCAAAGUUCAAGGAAUUGAAUAUCUAUGAGAACGGUUUGAUUCAACAAGAGUCGAAUGUUAUGGAGGGAAUUGUCGAUGUCAUUUUGAGGAUAUUGAAGUCUCUCGCGUUUUCAAGAGAUUGCUUCGUGGCUGCGGGGGUGGCCCUGUGUGCGGCUCUGCAAGUUUGUAUCAGUUCUCAAGAGCUUGGCUUGGUUGUAAUUCGAGGUAUAUUUAACAUAAGUACAUCUAAUUCAGAUGAUAACGGCAAUAGUGAGUUUAAAAAUGCCAUUGCAAAAAUUCCAUUUAAAGGAGAUGUCUAUUCAGAAAUAUGUAAUCUUUCUGUGCUAAGUAGACUCUGUUUGAUCCGAGGGAUCCUCACAGCAGUGUCAAGGGACUUGCUUAAUACUCAUCACAAUGUGACAACCGAUGCUUUGAAUGGUCAUGGGGCUCAUAAAGAUGCUGGACGCCCAAUUAGGACUAUAUUAUACGACGGAAUUUUACCUGAACUAUGUAACUACUGUGAGAACCCUAUUGACAGCCAUUUCAAUUUUCAUGCCUUAACUGUGAUGCAAAUCUGUUUACAACAGAUAAAAACAUCAAUUUUAUCUAAUCUGACAAACCCUUCAGGAAACUACGACCCUAUUCCUGAGAAAAUGGGGAUGCGAAUACUUAGAAUUAUUUGGAAUAAUUUGGAAGAUCCUUUGAGUCAAACAGUGAAACAAGUUCAUCUCAUUUUUGAUCUUUUCUUGGAUAUUCAAUCAUCACUCUGUUGGUCAGAUGGUGGUGAGAAAAUGAGGACAUUUUUGCAGAAGAUUGGUUCAGAUCUUCUUUACCUGGGGUCUCGAUGUAAGGGAAGAUAUGUUCCUUUAGCAUUGCUAACUAAGAGAUUGGGAGCCAAGACAUUGCUAAAUAUGCGCCCAAACCUGCUAUAUGAAACAAUACAGGCAUAUGUUGAUGAUGAUGUCUGUUGUGCUGCCACAUCGUUUCUCAAGUGUUUACUUGAAUGCUUGCGUGAUGAGUGUUGGGGCUCUGAUGGCAUUGAGAGUGGGUAUUCUGUUUAUAGAGGACAUUGCCUUCCCCCUGUACUGUACGGGCUAGCUUCUGGAUUCUCAAAGCUCCGCUCUAAUUUGAAUACUUAUGCUUUACCGGUUUUACUGGAGUUGGAUGUUGAUAGUAUAUUUCCGAUGCUUUCUUUCAUCUCAGUUGGGCCUAAUGAUGAUGAAAGUAGGGUUCUGUAUCCUGAACUUGCUUGUGCAACCAUAGAUCUGAAUCUGGAACAGAAAAUUGCAGUUCUAGUUUCAUUGCUCAAGGUAUCUCGAUCACUUGCUAUGAUUGAAGGGGACAUUGGUGGGUGUGAAAAUCCUGUUGCUGACAAACAAGAGGGCCAGGGAACAGAAAGUUAUGCUCUUGUUUGCAUUAAAGGAAUAAAGGUUGAAAUCCUUGUUCAGUGGCUAGUGAAGGCACUGACCCACGUGGAUGAGUCACUUCGUGUAGAUGCUGCUGAGUCUCUUUUCUUAAACCCCAAAACUUCUAGUCUACCUUCCCAUUUAGAGCUGACUUUAAUGAGGGAAGCCGUGCCUUUGAAUAUGAGGUGCUGCUCCACAGCUUUCCAGAUGAAAUGGAGCAGCUUGUUUCGUAUUUUCUCUAGGGUUCAAACUGCCUUGGAAAGGCAAUUCAAACAAGGAAGUUGGCAUCCUCUCAAGUGUUAUAAAAAUUAUGAAGUCUGUCCCUCUAAUGGGAAUAAGGAAAUGGUGCUUAAAAGGGCUGAUGAUCUUUUUCACUUUAUGAAGUGGUUCAGUGGCUUCUUAUUCUUCUCAUGCUAUCCUUCUGCCCCGUAUAAGAGAAAAAUAAUGGCCAUGGAGCUCAUAUUGAUAAUGAUAAAUGUUUGGUCUAUCAUGCCAUCGUCGAUAGAGGAAUUUGAUUAUUCUUCAUCAGGAAAUAAUCUCUAUCCAUAUGAUGAAGGAAUCACUUCACCCAAUUCAACUCUACUUUUAGUUGGUUCUAUCAUUGAUAGUUGGGACCGGUUGAGAGAGAGUUCUUUUCGCAUAUUGCUCCAUUUUUCCACCCCACUACCUGGAAUUUCAAGUGAUGGCAUGCUGAUGAAAGUAAUUGCUUGGGCUAAGAAAUUAACUUGUAGUCCACGUGUAAGGGAGAGUGAUGCUGGAGCUCUAACUUUGCGGUUAAUCUUUCGGAAGUAUGUGUUGGAGCUAGGCUGUUUGAUUGAAGCCUCAUCUAAUGCUGUUCGUUUCACCCCAAAGCCUGAAUUGGCUAACGACACUAAUCAGUCUGGGUUCAACAAUCCUGUGGUACUGUAUAUGAAGUCAAUGAUUGAUUGGUUGAGUGUUGCUGUGAGAGAUGGAGAAAGAGAUCUUCCUACAGCAUGCCAAAACAGCUUUGUUCAUGGUAUAUUACUUGCUUUGCGAUAUACUUUUGAGGAAUUGGACUGGAAUGCUGAUGUCAUAUUAACUAGCAUCCCAGAGAUGAGACAUUUGUUGGAAAGGCUUUUGGAGCUUGUCAUGCGGAUAACUUCGUUGGCAUUAUGGGUGGUUUCUGCAGAUGCUUGGUAUCUGCCUGAAGAUACGGAUGAGAUGAUUGAUGAUGAUAAUCUUUUAAUGGAAAUACCAAAUCAGGAGCAUGAACAGAUGCCUUCAUCAGAACAUGAAAGCAAUGAUUCAAAGCUUUCUAAGGAUGUUAGAUCAUCAGAUCAGAUUGUCAUGGUUGGUUGCUGGCUUGCUAUGAAAGAGGUGAGCCUUCUUUUGGGGACUAUAAUAAGAAAGGUACCAUUGCAUUCUGAUUUAUCUGAGUUGGUGGGUUCAUCUGUUGACACUGCUGGUUUUGCCUCUGAUGCUGUGCUCGAUCUGAAACAACUUGAAACAAUUGGGAACCACUUUUUGGAAGUGCUAUUGAAAAUGAAGCACAACGGUGCAAUUGAUAAGACAAGGGCAGGAUUUACAGCUCUUUGCAAUCGCUUACUUUGCUCAAAUGACCCAAGACUUUGUAGGUUAACAGAAUGCUGGAUGGAACAACUUAUGCAUAGAACUGUGGCCAAAGGACAAACAGUGGAUGAUUUGUUGAGAAGAAGUGCAGGAAUACCUGCGGCAUUUAUAGCUCUGUUUCUCUCUGAGCCAGAAGGCACACCAAAGAAGCUCCUUCCACAAGCAUUACGGUGGCUUAUAGAUGUAGCUAGUGGGUCUAUGCUUAAAAACAUUGAAAGGGAGAGCAACAAUGAUGACACAUGCAAGUUUGUGUCAAAAGGUUGUGGCCAAGGAAAUGUGUCUUCACAGGAAGCUGAAAGAAAUGUGAAUCAGAGAUCAUCAAAGAUCAGAGAUGAGGGUGUCAUUCCUACAGUGCAUGCAUUUAAUGUUCUUAGAGCUGCAUUCAAUGACACUAACCUGGCCACUGAUACAUCUGGUUUUUCUGCUGAGGCUUUAAUCAUCUCUAUUCGCUCUUUCUCUUCCCCUUAUUGGGAGAUUAGAAAUAGUGCUUGUCUGGCAUAUACUGCAUUGGUUCGACGGAUGAUUGGAUUUCUUAAUGUUCAUAAGCGAGAAUCAGCACGGCGCGCAAUAACUGGGCUCGAGUUUUUUCAUAGGUAUCCACCGCUGCAUUCAUUUCUGUUCAGUGAACUUCAAGUUGCAACUGAGUUGCUUCAGCCCGCAUCUUCAACAAGUUUAGAAUUCAACCUGGGAAAUAAUUUACAUCCGAGCUUGUGCCCUAUUCUGAUUCUUUUGUCUAGGCUCAAGCCUUCAUCAGUCACUGGUGAGACCGGAGAUGAGCUGGACCCUUUUCUUUUAAUGCCAUUUAUUAGAAAGUGCUCUAUCCAAAGUAAUCUGCGAGUUCGAGUUCUUGCAUCCAGAGCAUUAGUCAGUCUGGUAUCAAAUGAGAAAUUAUCUUCUGUUCUUCUGGAAAUUGCUUCUGGAUUGCCCUGCGUGGAAAGCCUAGUCAUCUCAGCUCCUUCUUCCAACUUGACAUGCUCAAUUCAAGGCUCUGGUAGUAUGUUCAACUUAAUUCAUGGGAUUCUAUUGCAGUUGAGUUCUCUGUUGGAUACUAAUUGUAGAAGUCUUGCUGAUAACUCAAAGAAAGAUCAUAUCAUUGGUGAAUUGAUUCAAACUCUUAUACUUCGGUCAUGGAUUGGAAGGCCAACUCAUUGCCCUUGCCCUAUCCUGAAUGCUGCAUUCUUAAGGGUUCUGGAUCAAAUGCUUAAUAUUGCAAGAGCAUGCAAAAGUGGCCAGCAUUUCUACCCUGUUCGGGACUUGCUUUUAGAAUUAUCUGCGGCAUGUGUGGAUUCAGAAUCUUCUUAUGGCUUGUCAUAUUAUGACCCAACCAUUGCUGAUCUUCGUGAACAAGCUGUUCUGUCUUAUUUUGGUUGUUUGUUUCAAGCAUCUAAAGAUGAGGAAGAGGUCAUCUAUGUGCCGCUGCUGAGACAUCAUUUUUCCAAUCCAAACUUGUCUCCAACACAUGAAAUAGAUAAUGCCUUUGAUGGAAUUUUGGACAGGUUGAUUCACUGCUUGUUAGACUCAGUAUAUGAAGUUCGACUUGCAACAUUAAAGUGGCUAUUGAAGUUUCUGAAAGCAGCUAAAUCUGAUGGUCAGGUCAAUGAUCUGUCCAGUAAUGACAUCAGGAUUAUCCAGACCUGGGCAAAAACUAACCUUCUUGCCACAUUAAUGAAGAUUUUGGCAGCAGAAAAGAACCAUAGAUGUAAAUAUUACAUUUUGAGGAUCAUGCUUGUUUGGAAUUUGAUGCAGUUUGAAAAGCACGGCCAUGGCAAAUGCACUGGAACAAAUUAUGUUGGUGAGAUGGACUUUGACUCGGUGUUUCAAUUUUGGAAUGAAUUAGUUUCCUUGUAUCAGCAAACAAGGCAUGCAAAGAUUCGAGAAACUGUGGUUUGUUGUUUGGGUGUAUGUAUUAAGCAAGCUGCAAUUUUGCUCACAACCUCUAUUCUGUCUGAUGAAGAAAGAGGCAAGUUUGCUGAAUGCAGCGAGAUUAUCCAAGAGGAAAAUUUCAGUCCGCUACAAGACUGCAUUGUUUUCUUCAGUAGCUUGAUUAAACAGCAUAGUUCCUCAUCUGAGCCAGCAAGCAUGCGAAAGGCAGCAGCAGAAUCCUUGAUAGCUUCUGGUUUGCUACAACAGGCCGGGCACAUUGGUUUCCUUGUGUCCAAUCAACACAGUUCCUUGUACACUUCAUCUUUUGAAAAAAAGGAAGCUGUGACUUUGUAUGCUCAUCAAAUACUUGAUGUGUGGUUCACUUGCAUCAAGCUUCUGGAGGAUGAAGAUGAUUCAAUUAGACUUCAUUUUUCAUUGGAUGUUCAAAAGUGUUUUACUUCAGAGAGAUCCAAGAGCAGUCCUCCUGAAUUGGUUCCCGCCCAGGUAGAUAGAGUAAUAAGAUUCUGUUUUGAUCAUCUCUCUUCUGUUUUUGGUCAAUGGAUCGAGUACGUAAAUUAUCUUGCUCAAUGGGUAUUGCAUGCUGCAAGCUAUGUAGCAUCCCAGGGAGAUCUUGUGCGGCGGGUUUUUGACAAGGAAAUUGACAAUCAUUAUGAAGAGAAGCUGUUGAUUUGCCAAAUUUGUUGCUCCCAGUUGGAAAGGCUACCUAGUUCAAAGUCUUGGGCUGUUCAUCUGGGGGACAAAGAUGAGUUGAGGAAUUAUUUUCAUGGAUGGAGAAUGAGGUUUUUCCACCAGUUGGUGUCCUUUGCUGAAGACCAUGUUGGGAAACAGGAUGGGAUUGAUUGGAUAGGAGGCGUAGGUAACCAUAAAGAUGCAUUUCUGCCCUUGUAUGCAAAUUUGCUUGGUUUUUAUGCCCUCUCAAACUGCUUGUUCCAUGUGUCUAGUGACAACGAGGCUGUCCGAUUCUUCUCCGAUGUCGUAGAGCUAGGUAGAACCAUCAAACCGUUUCUUAGAAACCCUUCAAUUGCUAACUUAUAUACGUUAGUGCUAAAAUCAUAUGAAAAAGUAACUGGUGAUGUUGCUAACUCCUUCAUCGUCGAGUCUGCUGUUGACUCUAUCUGGGAGAGCUUCAAUCCUUAUUUUCUUCUUGAGUAGGAUUUGUAUGCUAGUUAAUUUUCUCAAGUGCAAGCCAUUUUAUGUGGGGCUUGGAGGAAUUUUGACAUAGCUUCAGUAUAUAUGUGUGUUCAGUGAUUGUAUACAGAACAUUUGUGACUAUACCAGCUUUGUAAUGGAUUCAUCCAAUGUUACAGGCUCGAUUGAGGCCAUUGACCUUA